ACAUUCGGCAACGUGCUCGUCGACACGGGAAGCUCCUCGCUGUGGGUUGGCGCGUCGAGCCCGUAUAUCCCGGGUCCGAACUCGAAAGCCACCGGUGAGACCUAUAGUGUUGGUUACGACGAGGGCGGUGCGACCGGCCUGGUGUAUCUAGACACUGUGACCAUCGGCUCUGCGACAGUGACGAAUCAGCACAUCGGCGCUGCGAACCAGACGUCGCUCCCUGCCGACCUCUAUCCUCUAGACGGCUUCAUCGGCCUGUCGUUCAACGGCUCGAAUGCACACACGAUCAGCGGCAUCAGCGAACCUACGAACACGUUUCUGGACAGUCUUGUCGAGGAGGGUGUCAUCGGGCAGGCGCUAUGGAGCAUGGUCGUCCCGGCGCUGGAUGUUGCGGCCGGGCAGCAGGUGGGCGAGGGCGAAAUCCUGUUUGGUGGGUACGACGCGAGCAAGGUAGAGGGCGAGAUUACCUGGCUGGACGUCACCAAUGAGUUCGGUCUGUUCGCUUGGUCCUUCAACAUGGACGGCAUAUACUUCGGUGACAGCCAGAUCUCCAGCGACGAUUUCCGCACCGUGUCCUCCACGAUCCACUACUCGAUGGGCGGCCAGAACUUCACGCUCACGUCUGAGCAGUACGUCAUCCCGCCCAACGCGUACGCCGCGCUCAACAUCACGGACGACGGCCGGCACUACACGUGGUUCUCGAGUGCCGGCUACCAGGCGGAUGCAAUCCUAGGCCAGGCGUGGCUCCAGUUCUUCUACUCCAUAUACGAUGUCGGCAAUACGAAGAUCGGGUUUGCGAACUAUGCUUGA